UAAAGUUCAUUAUCAAGUCAUCAAGUCAAAGCAUUCACACAUGAUAAUAACAGAGAUGCAGUGGCAUAAUGUAAAAAAAAAAAAAAGUAACAUAAAGGGUUUCUGGACAGUGCCAUUGUUGAUUUAUUCCAGCCCUUUUUUGCUUAAGUCUACAGGGAGAAUCGUUGCUCCAUCAACAAAAAAUUCCAAGCUCAAGAAAAAGAUCUAAUAUAAAUUUGUCUGAUAGCAGGUAGAAUAAUGACACUGUGGAAGCUUUGCAAAAGUUCUUGAUUACAGGUAACACAAACCCAGAGCAGCAGAUGUCAUGAGCUCCAUACAGUCAAACUCUUCUGCAAACGAGACCUUUGUUCGUCCUGCAACAUUUUUCCUCAGUGGCCUUUCUAAUGUUCCACAUGCAAAAUACUAUUAUGUGUUCUUGUCUUUAGUGUAUGUUGCUACUGUUUUGGGGAAUUCAUUUAUCAUGUGUGUGAUUUAUUUGUCUCGCAGACUUCACACAGCCAAAUAUGUUGUUGUUUUCCAUCUGGCCUUUUCUGAUCUGUGUGGAAGCUCGACUGUGAUUCCAAAAAUAAUUGACACAUUUUUAUUCGAACAUCAGGAGAUUUCAUAUGAAGCAUGUUUGGCAAACACGUUUUUUAUAUAUCAUUUCCUAAAUAUCCAGUCUUUAACACUACUUGUCAUGGCUUAUGACAGACUGGUUGCUAUUUGUUUUCCUCUACGUUAUCAUGCUAUUAUAACCAAACCAACAAUGUUCCUGAUCCUAGGAGGAAUGUGGAUUUAUUCUGUGACAUAUUUUUCUGUAUUUAUAGGUUUGCUAAAUAGACUCUCUUUUUGUAAAUCUAAUGUGAUUGAUAGUUAUUUUUGUGAUUACAGUCUUCUGAAUAAACUAGCGUGUAAUGAUAAUUCUAUAAAUAUUUUGAUGAUAAAAAUUUGCUUUGGUGUCAUGAUUGGCAUGCCACUCAUGCUGAUCUUUGUCUCAUAUUUCUGCAUUUCUUUAGCUCUGUUUAAGAUUGCUCAUGGUGCCGAUCAAGCCAAAGCCAUAAAAACCUGCACCUCACACCUCAUGUUGGUGGCAAUUAGUUAUAUCCCCUAUUUAAGUAGUCACAUUGCAUUCUUAACAUCACAUAUUCAACCAAACACCCGGUUAAUUAACCAUUCCCUCACACAGACAAUUUCACCUAUGCUGAAUCCCAUCAUUUACACUCUAAAGACAGAGGAGGUAAUGCAAUCCAUAAAAGAUCUGUACAAAUCUAGCAAAGUGAGCAGUACAGUACAAAUGAAAUGUAGGAGAAAUUCGAAACUAAAAUUACAGGUUUAAACUGUGGUCUGUGAGUUGAUGGAUUUUAUAUGUUAGAUGUUGUUACAAAUGUAUUGUAAACAGGCCCAACAUAUUCUAACUAUUUAAGAUGAAACCUAAAAAACAAAGCUAUACAUUUAUUAGUUUAUUCUAAGUUAAACAGUGAGUCAAAUGAAAUAACAUUUUACUCCCCUUUGCUUUAAAUAUAACAAAAGGUUUGAAAUGCUUCUGCAUCAGUGUUUGUUUUCAUUAUGAAUAGACAUCUUCACACUUGAAUAUAUUCUCUAUAUUAUAAAACAUUCACUGGAAUGAGUUUCAGUUCUGCUGAAUGUGACCCAAAGUUUGUGAAUUACAUUUAUUUUUCCAGAGGUCAACUUUUUUCUUCAGAGUGAUGCAGGCAUCUGUUUUAAGGAACUAAAUUAGUUUAAGAGAUCUUGUUCACCAAAAGUAAUCAAAUAAUGACAACUAUAAGCAACUUAAUAGCCGUGCACAAAUACAGUUUUACGUCCUAUAUUGUUUUUAAUCUACCAACCCAUCAAUGUAUAAAUCCAUAUAUUGAUGUAACAAACGGUCAAGGCACAAUUUUGGGACUGCAACAAUAAAUUAAUAAUGAAAUCAA